CGCCCUGUCCCAGAGACUAGCAACUGCAGGAAGUGUAGCAUAGAGUCGUUGAUGCCGUUGAAGCUUGCACCGUUUCGUUCAGCUUUGCGGUGCUAUGUUUGUCGAGGGCAGCACGGGCUCGCGUGGUCAGCCCCCGAGUCGUACGAAGAGCUCUGGAAAGCGGUGUCGUCUUUCAAAAUGCAGAAAGUGAUAGCGAAUGUAGCCGAGAAAACUCCAAAUCGUGUGACUCCGCAGGCUCUGAUGUAUGCUGGAAAACCUGGAGAUUCAUCAUAUAUGAUUACGACUGCAAACUAUUUGCUCCAUACUCUACCAGUACGAUUGUCCAGAAGAAUUCGCCAAUUCCAACAGCUCCCAUUUCUGGUCGGCUGUAAUCCACACAUUAUGAGAGUACAUUGGUUAUACAUCCGUUCCUUUCAAAUAAUCUCCAAUUUUAAACAUGUGGUCAACAGUAAUGAUGAAAUGGAUUUCACCACAGUGUUGAAAGACAGACUGCAUGAUCACAAGGGUGUCCUCGAAUCUCUCGCUCUCGGCUUUACCGAAUGCAAGCAAUACAUUUCUGUUGAGAAAAUGCAGACAUUUCUCGACCAAAUCUUGACUUCUCGUCUGGGUAUAAGGAUGCUGUGUGAGCACCACAUUGCUAUGCACAAAAAACAAAGAGGUUAUGUUGGCAUCAUCAACAGGCACUUGUCCCCCAACGAAGUCAUACUCAGAUGCGCAGACUUUGCCAGAGAUGCUUGUCAACACACUUACGGAGUCGCACCAGAGGUGACCGUGGAUGGCCACGUUCAUGUUACCUUUCCAUACAUUGCACAGCCCCUCGAAUACAUUUUGGAAGAACUACUAAAGAAUUCAUUUCGGGCAACAGUACAAUUUCAUAAACAUCGGAGAGAAUUACCUCCAGUCCGUGUGACUAUUUCCAAUAGCCAGUACGAAUUCUCUAUUAGGGUGAGCGACAGAGGUGGAGGUAUCCCUCACAAAGAAGUCCCACAGCUAUUGCAAUACUCUGCAACUACAGCCGACGAAAAAUCACAAGACGACACAGAUGUGUUUUCUCAUUUUUUGGGCAGCAUGAACCCGGGCCCAACUGCUGGUCCAAUGGCCGGGUUCGGUUACGGAUUUCCAACAUCUCGAGCAUAUGCUCGCUACCUCGGCGGAGAUCUACAAUUCAACACUAUGGCACAGAUGGGAACCGACGUUUUCUUACGAUUAAAACAUUUUGAUGAUACCUUUUAUAUAUAGGUUAUUCACAUACGCUGGUUACAUGUGUUCAUGCACAGCUAAUUUUUGCACAUAAUGAUUAUCGGCAAUGACAAGAUUGGGUUCAAAUAGAA